UAGCAGCAUCGACCACAGCAGUUCACCAUGGCAGCGCCGGAUUUCGCGGAUCUGGAGGCGGUGGACGGCGUGCGGCUGACGUGGAACGUGUGGCCGAAUUCUAAAGUGGAGGCGACCAAGUGCGUGGUGCCGUUCGCGGCGCUGUACACGCCCGUGAAGCGCCUGCCCGACAUGCCCGUGCUGCCGUACGAGCCCAUCCGCUGCAAGUCGUGCGUCGCCGUGCUCAACCCGUUCGCGCGCGUGGACUUCAUCGGCAAGAUGUGGGUCUGCCCCUUCUGCUACCAGCGCAACCAAUUCCCGCCGCACUAUGCGGCGAUAUCGGAGCAGAACCUGCCGGCGGAGCUGUUUCCGCAGUACACGACCAUCGAGUACUCGCUGCCACUCGCCGCGCCCGCGCACCCGCCCGUCUUCCUCUUCCUACUCGACACGUGCCUCAUCGAGGAGGAGCUGGGGUACCUCAAAACCGCCGUCUCGCAGGCCAUAGGACUGCUGCCAGAGAACGCACUAGUGGGGCUGAUAACCUACGGCUCCCUGGUGUACGUGCACGAGCUGGGCUUCGGUGACUGCCCCAAGAUGUUCGUCUUCAGGGGCGGCAAGGAGGCCUCGCAGCAGCAGGUGGUCGACCAGCUGGGGCUCGCGGGGGCGGGUGUGGGCGUUGGCGCAGGGCCGGGGGGGAAGGUCGGAGGAGUGGCCGGGGGGGUUGGGGGCACGGGGCAUGGGGCGGUGUUGCCGGGGAGUGUGGCGCGGUUCCUGCUGCCGGCACAGGAGUGCGAGUUCACUCUCUCCACGGUGUUGGACGAGCUGGGUCGAGACGCCUUCCCAGUGGCGGCGGACAAGCGCCCGGCACGGUGCACGGGCACAGCGCUGACGGUGGCGGUGGGGCUGCUGGGCGCGUGCGUGCCCAACACCGGCGCCAGGAUCCUCAGCUUCGUCGGCGGGCCCUGCACUGAAGGGCCAGGCGUGAUAGUGAGUCGCGAGCUGUCGGACCCCAUCCGGUCGCACAAGGACCUGGACAAGGACGCGGCGCCGCACUACAACAAAGCCGCCAAGUUCUACGAGGGGCUCGCCAAGCAGCUGGUCGCGCAAGGCCAUGUGCUCGACCUAUUCGCGUCUGCUCUCGACCAGGUGGGCAUAGCGGAGAUGAAGGUAGCAGUGGAGCGGACGGGCGGGCUGGUGGCGCUGUCAGAGAGCUACGGGCACACGGUGUUCAAGGACUCGCUCAAGAGGGUCUUCCAACAGGGCGACGCCAGCCUCGGCCUCUCAUUCAAUGGGUUGUUGGAGCUGCACUGCUCCAAGGACAUCAAGGUGCAAGGGGCCAUUGGCCCAUGUGCGUCUCUAGAAAAGAAAGGUCCCUCUACGAGUGACACGGCGAUCAGCCAGGGCCACACAACGCAGUGGAAGCUGUGUGGGCUGGACGCGCUCACCACCGUGGCCGUGCUCUUUGACAUCGCCACCGCCCAGCAGCCCUCCGGUGCACCCUCCGCUGCUGCCUCCGCCGCCUCGCAGCAGCUGCACCUGCAGUUCACCACCAGCUACCAGCAUCCAUCGGGUGAGACUCGGCUGCGCUGCACCACCAUCACCAGAAGUUGGGUCGACGGCUCCAUCGCCACAGCGGACCUGGUAGCAGGGUUUGACCAGGAGGCAGCUGCGGUGGUAGUGGCGCGCCUCAUGAGCCACAAGAUGGAGGCAGAGGAGGAGUACGACGCCACGCGGUGGCUGGACCGCAUGUUGAUCCGUGUGUGCAACAAGUUCGGGGACUACCGCAAGGACGACCCAGCGUCCUUCUCGCUCUCGCCCAACUUCUCCAUCUUCCCACAGUUCCUCUUCAACCUGCGCCGCUCGCAGUUCGUGCAGGUGUUUGGCAGCAGUCCUGAUGAGACGGCGUACUUCAGAAUGGCGCUCAACCGGGAAAACGUGCUCAACUGCCUUGUCAUGAUCCAGCCCACAUUGACGUCGUACUCGUUCAACGCGCCACCAGAGCCAGCUCUGCUGGACGUGGCGGCGAUAGCAGUGGACCGCAUUCUGCUGCUGGACGCCUUCUUCUCCGUGGUCAUCUUCCAUGGCAGCACCAUCGCGCAGUGGCGCAAUGCCGGCUACCACAACCAGCCCGAGCACCAGGCGUUUGCGCAGCUGCUGGCAGCCCCCCAGGCGGACGCCACUGCCAUCAUGGCGGAGCGCUUCCCCACACCGCGCCUCGUGGACUGCGACCAGAACGGCAGCCAGGCUCGGUUCCUACUGGCGAAGCUGAACCCCUCGGCAACAUACAACAGUGCAUCAACUGUCCCAGGUGGAGAGGUGAUUCUCACCGAUGACGUGUCACUCCAGGUCUUCAUGGAGCACUUGCAACGCCUUGCCGUGCAAUCAUGACUAGUGGAGGGACGGCGGAGAUGGCAGAAGCUACAUGUGUGGUGGGCGGGGAGGAAGGGCUGGGGAAAAGGAGAUGGUGAUAUGUGGAGGAUAUGCAAUGCUGCUGUACCGUUUCGGGUGUGCACGGAAAUGCUGCGCCGUUCAAUAGAAGUGGAGCGCUUGUAUGUGAUAUAGAGUAAUCAUGCAUAAAGAGAGAAAGCUAUGGAGUAUGGACUAUGGAGGUAUGCUCCAAGCGCUAUCACUAGUGCUAGCUUUUGCGUUUUGAAGUUGUAGUGAUGGUUAUCAUUUCCGAUUAUUUAGCCUACCAU